AUGAUUGCGGACCACGAAGCCAUGGAUACGAAUUUUGAGAAGCCGGGCGCGCAGUCGCAAUUCAGGCAACGCCUUGACGCUCAGAUCGAUUCAAAAUGGGCAGAUCUGAUCCUUCUGGGUUGCUUCUUCUGUUCUGGACUUGUCGACAGUAUGGCCUUCAAUAUGUACGCUUGCUUUGUUAGUAUGCAGACUGGUAACACAAUCUUUGUCGGAUUAGGUGUAAACGGACAACCUGACUCGGCGCCUCGAUACUCCUGGGCAAAGUCUCUGACAGCGAUAGUUUGUUUCGCGUUGGGCGCACUAUUCUUCUCGACCUUCCAUCGAUUUUUCGGGCCUCAAAAACGAUGGGUGCUGAUCUCGUCCUUCGCCAUUCAGGCUCUCCUGGUCGCUGUAGUCGCUAUCAUCACCACGAUUCCAGUUAUACCAAACCAUCCACCAGUUGUCAUCACCCGGAACGAUUCUGAGUUCCUGACAUUUACGAUGCCCAGCACCUUUCCCGGAUCCGACUUCGCUGCGAUCACCAUCUUGGCUUUCCAGAGCGCCGGUCAAAUCGUAGCCAGUCGCGCUCUGAAAUACAACGCAAUGCCAACUGUGGUAUUGACGAGUCUGUACUGCGAUCUUAUGAGUGACGCCCAAUUAUUCACAGCGCCGUUGGGCCAGAAUGCAGAUAGAAAUCGCCGCUUCCUGGGAGCGGUACUUCUCCUGGCUGGUGCUAUCUCAGGUGCCUUCUUGACGAAGUCCGACGCUGGUUUUAAGGGUGGUCUCUGGAUUGCUGUCUUUAUCAAGACUACAAUGGCUGUGGCGUGGUUCUUCUGGAAGCAGAAAAAGGUUGUUGUAAAAGAGUGA